UUAAUCUAUUAUUAUGCGUCCUUUUCUCGUACCAAAUCAAUUUCAUCAUCUAUCUAUCCCUUAUUCCCUAUUAUCUGCUCUCUUUUCAACACACAUUGCUCCAUUACUCUCAAUUAUAACAAUCAUAUCUCUUGAUUCCAUCACCUGAUCGUACACUAUGAGGAUUGACGACGGAGUUGAACAAGUUUCAGCUUCCAGAAACCAUCUUGUGUUCGCUUAUUAUGUUACUGGUCAUGGGUUUGGUCAUGCCACUCGUGUUGUUGAGGUUGUUCGCCACCUAAUUCUUGCUGGUCAUGAUGUUCAUGUGGUAACUGGCGCACCGGACUUUGUCUUCACUACCGAAAUACAAUCCCCGCGACUUUUUCUUCGGAAGCUAGUUUUGGACUGCGGUGCUGUUCAAGCCGAUGCUUUAACAGUGGACCGACUCGCCUCAUUAGAAAAGUAUUCAGAGACAGCUGUUGCACCGCGUGCUUCUAUUUUGGCUACAGAAGUUAAGUGGCUGAAUUCUAUCAAGGCAGACUUAGUGGUUUCAGAUGUUGUUGCAGUUGCUUGUCGUGCAGCAGCUGAUGCUGGUAUACGCUCGGUUUGUGUAACGAAUUUCAGUUGGGACUUCAUUUACGCAGAAUACGUUAUGGCUGCUGGAUAUCAUCAUAGGUCUAUUGUUUGGCAGAUAGCCGAGGACUAUUCGCAUUGCGAAUUCCUAAUUCGUCUGCCUGGAUACACCCCAAUGCCUGCUUUUAGGGACGUCAUUGACGUACCGUUGGUUGUAAGGAGGCUGCACAAAUCUCGCAAGGAGGUGAGGAGUGAAAUGGGGAUUAGUGAGGAUGUGAAGCUUGUUAUACUCAAUUUUGGUGGACAACCAGCUGGUUGGAAGUUAAAAGAGGAGUACUUGCCUCCUGGUUGGCUCUGUCUGGUUUGUGGGGCGUCUGAACAGGAACUUCCUCCCAAUUUCAUUAAGCUGCCAAAAGACGUGUAUACCCCUGAUGUGAUGGCAGCAUCCGAUUGCAUGCUUGGAAAAAUUGGAUAUGGAACCGUUAGUGAAGCCUUGGCUUACAAGUUACCCUUUGUAUUUGUCCGCAGAGAUUAUUUCAACGAAGAACCAUUUUUGAGAAAUAUGCUGGAGUUUUAUCAAGGUGGUGUUGAGAUGAUAAGGCGGGAUUUACUCACGGGUCACUGGAUACCGUAUCUUGAACGCGCAACUAGUUUGAAACCUAGCUAUGAUGGCGGGGUCAACGGUGGUCAGGUCGCAGCUCGUAUUCUGCAAGACACGGCUAACGGAAAGAACUACGCAUCAGAUAAACUUAGUGGGGCCCGGAGAUUACGUGAUGCUAUAGUAUUGGGGUAUCAAUUACAAAGAGUUCCCGGAAGAGAUAUUAGCAUCCCAGAAUGGUACGCGAGUGCUGAAAAUGAAUUUGGUCUACGCACGGGCUCACAUUCAGUUGAUAACAGUAAUUCAAGCGUGCUCGAGAAUUCAGAUGCUGUGGAGUUUGAUAUUCUUCAUGGAGAUGUCAUGGGACUUCCAGACACAAUGAGUUUUUUACGGAGUUUGGCUGAGUUGGACGUUGCUUAUGAUUCUGAAAAAUUUACGGAAAAACAUCAUGUUAGAGAACGCAAGGCUGCUGCUAAUCUUUUCAACUGGGAGGAAGAUAUAUAUGUGGCACGUGCACCUGGAAGAUUGGAUGUUAUUGGGGGAAUCGCGGACUACUCUGGAAGUCUUGUUUUGCAGAUGCCAAUUAGAGAAGCCUGUCAUGUUGCUGUGCAAAAAAUCGAGCCCAGUAAACAAAGGCUAUGGAAGCAUGCACAGGCCCGGCAGCAGGCUAAGGGACAAAGUCCUACACCCGUGCUUCAGAUUGUGUCAUAUGGGUCAGAAUUGAGCAAUCGUGGGCCGACAUUCGACAUGGACAUAUCAGAUUUCAUGGAUGGUGAUCAGCCAAUGUCAUAUGAAAAGGCCAGAAGUUACUUUGCCCGAGAUCCGUCACAAAAAUGGGCUGCGUAUGUUGCUGGUACUAUUCUUGUUUUGAUGAAAGAAUUAAAUAUCCGAUUUGAAAGCAGCAUUAGCAUGCUGGUUUCUUCAGCUGUUCCAGAAGGCAAAGGCGUAUCUUCUUCUGCCUCUGUGGAAGUAGCUAGCAUGUCGGCUAUAGCUGCUGCUCAUGGAUUAAAUAUCAGUCCAAGAGAACUUGCUUUGCUCUGCCAAAAGGUUGAAAACUCGGUUGUUGGAGCUCCGUGUGGUGUGAUGGAUCAAAUGGCUUCUGCAUGCGGUGAAGCUAACAAGCUUCUUGCAAUGGUUUGCCAGCCCGCUGAGGUAUUAGGGUUGGUGGACAUUCCUAGUCAUAUACGGUUUUGGGGAAUUGAUUCUGGUUUAAGACACAGUAUCGGGGGUGCUGACUAUGGAUCAGUGAGAAUAGGAGCCUUUAUGGGUAGAAAAAUGAUUAAAUCCACCGCUUCUGCCAUGUCAUCUUCAUAUUCAAAUGGAAACGGAAAUAAUCUUGAUGAGUUGGAAGAGUACGGGAUUGAAUUGCUCCAUGAUGAAGCUUCUGUAGAUUAUUUAUGCAAUCUCACUCCCCACAGAUUUGAAGCUAUAUAUUCCAAGAAUCUUCCGGAUACAAUGACCGGCGAAGCAUUUUUGACCAAAUAUGAUCACCACAACGAUCCCGUAACAGUGAUUGAUAAGAAACGUUCAUACGGAGUUAAAGCAGCUACCCGACAUCCUAUAUACGAGAAUUUCCGCGUGAAGGCCUUUAAAGCAUUAUUAACCUCUGCUUCAUCAGAAGAACAACUCACUGCUCUCGGGGAAAUAAUGUAUCAGUGUCACUACAGUUAUAGUGAUUGCGGGUUAGGGUCAGAUGGGACAGAUAGGCUUGUUCAACUGGUUCAAGAAAUGCAGCACAGAAAAGCAUCGGUUUCUGGAGAUGGAACGUUAUACGGGGCGAAAAUCACGGGUGGCGGGUCUGGUGGGACCAUUUCUGUGAUUGGUAGGAAUUGUCUUCGAAGCAGUGAACAAAUUCUUCAGAUUCAGCAAAGAUACAAAAAUGCAACGGGUUACAUGCCGUUUCUGUUUGAAGGUUCAUCACCAGGUGCAGGAAAGUUUGGUCAUCUGAGAAUCCGUCGUCGUGUAGCUCCCAUGCAAGAUUAGUCCAUUUUUAUCUUAUUAUGAAAAUUAAGGAUAUUGUCAUGAGAAAAGAAAUUACUUUAUCUAUAUUGAAAACCAUCAAAGACAAGAUCAUGAAUAUGACAACUUUAAUAUAGUUAGUUUAGUUUAGUUUAGUAA